CCUUCAACCAAAAUGCCAAAAUUCCCCUCCAUCGCGUAGCAAACCUGUCAAAAAUCGCAUCGGCUGGGCCUUUCCUCAGGCCAGGUUGUCUGUCGUUCGUCCGUCGACGUCGUCGUUCUCGCGUGGUCGCGUGUUUACCAUUUUUGCGUUGGUUUCGUAACAACUGGAGGUUCUGACGACGACUGGCUCCAGCAUCUGGGAAAGAAAAAAAAGCUGGCAGAGCUCGGUAAUCGCGUCGUGUCUGGAACUAACGGUACCGUGUGUAAAUGUUCCCUACGCUCGUCCCCCGAGGCUGCCAUUCACCACUCAGGGUCAAAAAUUUAAAGGGUCCAUUGAAUGUGCUGUAAUUGCGUUAUUGAAGGGCACGGCGCGUGUGUUUCAGCAGUGAUUUAGUGGCGUCGUAGAAAGUGCUGCAUUGAGGUAGUCUCCGAAGAAAACAGCAAAAGCUUAGUCCACGCUUUGAGAGUAUUGAUUGAUGGAUUUUUCACUGUGAUAGUGGUACAUGUGCCGCAGUUAGUGAGUUCUAGCGCUAUUAAAUAGUGCAGUAGUGCUUAUCUGCAUACUAGGUAUUUUACUCGUCAAUGAGUGUAGUGGAGAAUCACAACCCAAGGCAGUGUUGUGCGAGAGGCUGUAAUACUACUACGUUGGCUUGCGUAUCACACUUACAUCAGUAGAGAAAUUGUAGUGACACCGUGAGGCCUACAACACCACAAUAUAAAAAAAAACAGGAUCUCCACCAAAGAAACCUCCAACGGAAGGCGGUGAAUAGACGGACGUACGCGAUACGCAUACACUGCCCUAUCCUACAUCAACAGCAUUAUCAUCGUCAGGAACACCAACAACCAGCUCUGAACAGCACAACAAUCUCGUGCGAGACUUCGGUGCAAGGAAACGCGCAACGACGACGACGAAGACGGUCAUCCGACGACACAUCACGAACAUAAUCAGCGAGUGGAGGACCGUUAGAGUGCAACGUUACUGUUACAUACUGUUGUGCGACUUCGGAUAGUUUUCCUAAUUAAAUUUGACGUCAAUAUAAACAUAUAUUCACACACGAGCGGAAACAUGAACUCGAAGCCCCCGUCGAUGAAUGGAGUGGCAGCGGCGGCGGCGGGUGCCCAACCGUUGAUCCAGUACAACAUCGAUUGGAUCUUCCCCAAGCUGCGGAAACCGUCGCGGCUGUGGCACAUCGCUAGCACCGGAGUCAUCGGCCUGGUGGGAUUCUUCUCCAAGAUCGUGAUCGUAUGGCUCAACAAGGCGCGUGUCCACAACAUCGAAGUGCUGGAAAAUCUCUUGGAAAACCGCCCGAAGGGCACGCCCUUGCUGACCGUCUCCAAUCAUCACUCGUGCUUCGAUGAUCCCGGCAUGUGGGGACUGCUGAGGCUUCGAUUGCUCAAACUGCGCAACGUGUGCAACCACAACGUGAUCCGGUGGUCGAUGGCCGCCCAUGACAUUUGCUUCACCAACAAGUAUCACUCGCUGUUCUUCAUGUACGGUAAGUGUAUUCCGGUCGUGCGGGGAGCUGGAGUGUACCAGCCGGCCAUCGAUCUGUGCAUAGAGAAGCUGAAGCUAGGCCACUGGGUGCACGUGUUCCCCGAGGGAAAGGUCAACAUGACCAAGGAAGAUCUCAGGUUCAAAUGGGGCGUAGGGCGGAUAAUCUACGAAACACCCGUUUUGCCAAUCAUCGUUCCCAUAUGGCACAUUGGGAUGGAAACAGUGCUUCCGAAUGAGCCGCCGUAUUACCUCCGGUUGGGUAAGAAACUGACGUACAACUUCGGUAAGCCGAUCGAUUUGAACUCUGUGAUGGAACGGUUGAGGGCGAGCCCCGUUUCGGAGGAGGAAGCGCGGAAGAUCAUCACUGACAAGAUUCAGGAGGAGAUGAUGGUCCUCAAGGAAGAAACCGAGCGAUUACAUUUCGACUACAUUAAGAGCAGCUGAGACGUGGAGAAGGGCUCGGAAGGGGCCGAUGACUGAUAUAAGAAGCAAAAGACAUUCGCACCAUCCAAAGUGUUAUCGUAAUUGCUGUGCACCAUCGAUUCGAUGAAGUAGAUGAAGGUGAUCUGUGGGAAAAGGAUGAACCAUUCAACCAACGCUUACACAGUUAAUUUUACCCUACUUAUUAUAUGUCAUUAUUCCAUCCAAACCGGGAAAGUUCGCAAUUCCAAAAUGAUAUUGUUUCCAAUCUUGUCAUAACUUUUAUUCACACAUAGGUCGAGCAUACAUCUCUGCGGCGUUGACUAAAACCAAAGGUCGGUCAACGAACGUUUGCCAUACCUCUAAUACACCUGAAUAGCCUUUCUAACUCACAUCUUUGAAUAAGCAUCAAGUUAGUAACAUGCAUUUGCUCCAUCCAUUACGUAGAAGAGUAUAAUAGUUGUAUAGAAACAAAAGUGAAACAGAUAAGAUGCUACAUAUGAUGAUUCGCCCGUGCCGUUUUUCUAGUCAUCUUGGAAUGUUUGGCGCACUGUUGACAACGAUUAAAUUGGACCUGCUUGUUAAAGUUAAUGAAUAGACAAGGAAUCUACUUAGAAUGAAGAAUGGUCGAAGAGGCUUACCAAUCCCCUAAUUGUUAAGGAAAAGUUUAAACGAUGAAAUUGGUUUAAAGGUUCCUUUUUAACUAUUGGUAGGUACUUUUAGUACACUAGUUCAUUUGAAGGUUAGAUGUUGAUAAGUAACACAAUUUAUAGCUAGAUUUAUCAUUGUAAUGUUAUCACUAUUACUGCUAAUAAGUAAUUAUAGUUGAAUUGAAAAUUCAA